AGCUGGGUUCUCGUGAAAACACUCUAUAUAACACGGAAGGGAUCAGGAUCUUAUUUGAAGGUAAUCAACCAACAAUGGCCAUGCCUACCCCCUUAAACAAUAGGCUGUCCAUGGCCAUGGAAAGAACUGGCCAAUGGGUUUUUUCUCAGGAAAUUCCUACGGAUGUUGUCGUUGCAGUUGGUGAAGCCAAUUUCUCUCUUCACAAAUUCAUGCUGGUUGCCAAGAGCAAUUUCAUAAGGAAACUGAUAUUGGAAUCGGAAGAAGCAGACUUGACAAGAAUCAAUUUAUCGGAGAUACCAGGAGGCCCGGAGAUCUUCGAGAAAGCUGCAAAGUUUUGUUAUGGAGUGAACUUUGAGAUAACUGUACAUAACGUUGCGGCUCUCCGAUGUGCGGCGGAGUAUCUAGAAAUGACAGACAAAUAUUGCGACAAUAAUCUGGUGGGUCGCACUGAAGAUUUCCUCAGUCAAGUGGCGUUGUCUAGUCUGUCAGGGGCGGUGGUUGUGCUUAAAUCGUGCGAAGAUCUUCUUCCCUUAGCUCAAGACCUUCAAAUUGUUCAAAGAUGUAUUGAUGUCACUGCUGUUAAGGCUUGUUAUGAGGCAAACUUCCCUUGUAGAUCACCGCCAAACUGGUGGACAGAGGAGCUAUCAAUCUUAGACAUUGAAAUGUUGGCAAGAAUCUUGACUGCCAUGAAGAACCGAGGCGCCAAAGCCCUCACCCUCUCCAGUGCCAUAAUCACAUACACUGAGAGAUCACUGAGAGAUCUCGUCAGAGACCACUCUGGCAAAUUGUUGGAUUCUAUUGAUUCUCAACUCAGAAUCCAACAACGUGAUCUUCUUCAAUCCAUUGUCUCCCUUAUGCCCUCCGAAAAAGCCGCCUUUCCCAUUAACUUCCUAUGCUGCCUUCUUCGCUCCGCAAUCUUCCUUAGAGCUUCUAACUCUUGCAAGAACGAGCUCGAAAAAAGGAUCACAUCAAUACUUGAACAUGUGACUGUCGAUGAUCUUCUUGUUCUUUCUUUCACUUACGAUGGCGAGGGGCUGUUUGAUUUAGAAAGCGUAAGGCGGAUCAUAAGUGGGUUCGUGGAGAAGGAGAAGAGUAUGGCGGUUUUCAGCGGUGGAGAUUUCAGAGAAGCUUGUUCAACCGUGAUGCAUAGAGUUGCAAAGACUGUGGAUGCAUAUCUUGGGGAGAUUGCAACGUAUUCUGAACUCAGCAUAUCGAAAUUCAAUGGGAUUGCUAAUCUUGUUCCCAAAGGUUCUCGUAAGGUUGAAGAUGAUCUCUAUCGUGCCAUUGAUAUCUAUCUCAAGGCGCAUCCGAAUCUUGAUGAGAUAGAGCGAGAGAAGGUGUGCAGUUCAAUGGAUCCAUUAAAACUUUCAUACGAAGCUCGAAUUCAUGCAUCACAGAACAAAAGAUUGCCGGUACAGAUUGUUUUGCAUGCUUUGUAUUAUGAUCAGCUGAAGCUAAGGAGUGGUACGGAUGAUCGAAGCACACCGGAUGCUGCCGCAACAAGAAACCAAUUGCAGGCAGACGUUUCACUGAUUAAAGAAAAUGAAGCGUUGAGAUCAGAGCUGAUGAAGAUGAAGCUUUACAUAACGGACAUAAAGAAGAAUCAAGGGACAAGUUCUAGCAAUAAUAAAGUUGGCCAAAGAAAGCAAACAUUUUUCUCUUCAAUGUCCAAGACUCUUGGGAAAUUGAAUCCCUUCAAACAUGGCUCCAAAGACACUUCAAAUAUUGAGGAUAAUGUUGGUGUGGAUAUUACAAAACCUAGAAGGAGAAGGUUUUCCAUUUCUUAAGUGGUUUUGUUUUUAAUUUUGUGUGAUAAUUUGUAUAAUAGUUUAUGUACUGUAUAUGUUAAUCCUCUUUAGACUUCUGGGGGAGAGAUUUAUGUUGUAAUAUGAUUUUGUUUGGUUUA